AUGGUCCGUCUCAUCACCGCUUGCGACUCCUAUGAUGACGAUUUCGUCCUGAUCUCAUAUCACGACCACGAGAAUUCCUUCCAGCAGAAACUUCAAUGCCCGGGAAGGUCCAACUACACAUAUCCAUCCCUCAACCCAGAUAAGAGCGACUUCGACAGCGACCAACACAAUAGCGCAGAUGGCAACACUGACAGUCCCAUCGCAAAAGCAAUUCAGCUAUCUAAGGCUCUCGGCCAGAACAGCACCGCAGCACUCGCUCACCCCGCACUGACCGUCACCCAAUUCCUCCAAGUUGUCUAG